CAUAUUGGCUCGUUCCUGGCCCUGCAGUUUUCGCCGUCUUGAAAGUGUAUCCACGGGAACCCAGAAGAGUCAAUUCGCGGACUCUCCUUCCCGUCCCCCCGAGAUGAACCAUGGCGCCCACCCCGCACUACGCCCCGGCCCCGCCGCAGGAGCCCGCCAGCCCCCCGGAGCCCCCCGUCAAGCUGCAGCGGGAGAUCUCGCUGCUGAGCGGCAUCUGCCUCAUCGUGGGCAACAUGAUCGGGUCGGGCAUCUUCGUCUCGCCCAAGGGCGUGCUCCUGCACAGCGCCUCCUAUGGGCUGGCGCUGGCCGUGUGGGCCGUGGGCGGCCUCUUCUCCGUCUUCGGGGCGCUGUGCUACGCCGAGCUGGGCACCACCGUCACCAAGUCGGGGGCCAGCUAUGCCUACAUCCUGGAGGCCUUCGGGGGGCUGGCGGCCUUCGUCCGCCUCUGGGCCUCCCUCCUCAUCAUCGAGCCCACCAGCCAGGCCGUCAUCGCCCUCACCUUCGCCAGCUACAUGGUGCAGCCCGUCUUCCCCAGCUGCCCGGGGCCCUACGCCGCCCACCGCCUGCUGGCCGCCGUCUGCAUCUGUCUCCUGACGUUCGUUAAUUGCGCCUACGUGAAAUGGGGGACGCGGGUGCAGGACGUCUCCACCUACGCCAAGCUGCUGGCGCUGCUGGCCGUGAUCGUCGCCGGCGUCGUGCGCCUGGCACAGGGACACUCCGAGCACUUCGCUGACCCCUUCGCGGGCUCCUCGCUGGCCGUGGGGGACCUGGCCCUGGCCCUCUACUCGGCCCUCUUCUCCUACUCGGGCUGGGACACCCUCAACUUCGUCACUGAGGAGAUCAAGGACCCCGAGAGGAACCUGCCGCUGGCCAUCGGGGUCUCCAUGCCGGUGGUGACGGCCAUUUACCUGCUGACCAACGUGGCCUAUUACACGGUGCUGGCGCCCGGCGAGCUGCUGGCCAGCGACGCCGUGGCUGUGAGCUUCGCCGACCGCGUCUUCGGCAUCUUCAACUGGACCAUCCCCCUGGCCGUGGCCCUGUCCUGCUUCGGGGGACUGAACGCCUCCAUCCUCGCCGCCUCCAGGCUGUUUUUCGUGGGCUCGCGGGAGGGGCACCUGCCCGACGCCCUCUGCAUGAUCCACGUGGAGCGAUUCACCCCCGUGCCGGCCCUGCUCUUCAACGGGGCCAUGGCUCUGGUCUAUCUCUGCGUGGAGGACAUCUUCCAGCUCAUCAACUACUACAGCUUCAGCUACUGGUUCUUCGUGGGCCUGUCCAUCGCCGGGCAGCUCUACCUGCGCUGGAAGGAGCCCGACAGGCCCCGCCCACUCAAGUUGAGCAUCGUCUUCCCGCUGUUUUUCUGCCUGUGCACCGUGUUCCUGGUGGCCGUCCCGCUCUACACCGACCCCCUCAACUCGCUCAUCGGCAUCGGCAUCGCGCUCUCAGGGCUGCCCGUCUACUUCCUGCUGGUGCGGAGCCCGGACACCCGCCGGCCCCGCUGGCUGCGGGCGGCCGUGGCCGGCGUCUCCCGCCACAUCCAGCUGCUGUGCCGGGCCGUGGUGACGGAGCUGGACCCUGACGACAGUCGCCCCAAAUCCCAGUGACGGAGCCAGUGGGGAAGGGGCACCUUCCCUCCCCCCAAGACCCACUCCUCUUUAAUUUAUUGGCCCCCUCGGCCCUGGUGUCGGGGCACCACCAGCCCCGCCCUUGCCUCGGAAGCAGCUGCUACCAAUAAACCAGCAUCACUCCAGUCA